GGUGACGCUGCGGGUGCCGCUGCCAGCUCCGGACGGAGUCGGCGGCCGGGCGGAGGACGGGCAGGCCGACCCUCGGACGCAGCCCCGGGCCGAGCCGCGGGCUUCCUGGCGAGGCAGGGCGGCCGCGAGCCCGGGCGGGAAGAUGUUCAACGUGGAGUCCCUGGAGCGGGUGGAGCUGUGCGAGAGCCUCCUCACUUGGAUCCAGACAUUUAACGUGGAUGCACCAUGCCAGACCGUGGAAGAUUUAACGAAUGGGGUUGUGAUGGCCCAGGUUCUCCAAAAGAUAGAUCCUGCAUAUUUUGAUGAAAAUUGGCUAAACAGAAUUAAAACUGAAGUAGGAGAUAAUUGGAGGCUAAAGAUAAGCAAUUUAAAGAAAAUUUUGAAAGGAAUCCUGGAUUACAAUCAUGAGAUUUUAGGGCAGCAAAUUAAUGACUUUACUCUCCCUGAUGUGAACCUCAUUGGGGAGCAUUCUGAUGCCGCAGAGCUGGGAAGGAUGCUCCAACUCAUUUUAGGCUGUGCUGUGAACUGUGAACAGAAGCAAGAGUACAUCCAAGCCAUCAUGAUGAUGGAGGAAUCUGUGCAACACGUUGUCAUGACAGCCAUCCAGGAGCUGAUGAGUAAAGAGUCUCCUGUCUCUGCUGGGAAUGAUGCCUAUGUUGACCUUGAUCGCCAGCUGAAGAAAACUUCAGAGGAACUGAAUGAAGCUUUGUCGGCCAAGGAAGAAAUUGCUCAAAGGUGCCAUGAGUUGGAUCUGCAGGUUGCAGCAUUGCAAGAGGAGAAAAGUAGUCUGUUGGCAGAGAAUCAGGUAUUAAUGGAAAGGCUGAAUCAGUCUGAUUCUAUAGAAGAUCCUAAUAGUCCAGCAGGAAGAAGGCAUCUGCAGCUCCAGACUCAGUUAGAACAGCUCCAAGAAGAAACAUUCCGACUUGAAGCAGCCAAAGAUGACUAUCGAAUACGCUGUGAAGAGUUACAAAAGGAGAUGUCUGAACUUCGGCAGCAGAACGAUGAACUGACCGCUUUGGCAGAUGACGCUCAGUCUCUAAAAGAUGAAAUAGACGUUCUUAGACAUUCUUCUGAUAAAGUGUCUAAACUAGAAGGCCAAGUGGAAUCAUAUAAAAAGAAGCUAGAAGAUCUUGGUGAUUUGAGGCGUCAGGUUAAACUCUUAGAAGAGAAGAAUACUAUGUAUAUGCAGAACACAGUUAGCCUAGAGGAGGAGCUGAGAAAAGCCAACGCGGCUCGAAGUCAACUCGAGACGUAUAAGAGACAGGUAGUAGAACUGCAAAAUAGAUUAUCUGAAGAAUCGAAGAAAGCAGAUAAAUUAGAUUUUGAAUAUAAGCGGCUAAAAGAAAAGGUUGACAGUCUUCAAAAAGAAAAGGAUAGGUUAAGAACAGAAAGGGAUUCUCUGAAGGAAACCAUCGAAGAGCUUCGUUGUGUUCAGGCUCAAGAAGGGCAACUCACAACUCAAGGGUUAAUGCCUCUGGGAAGUCAGGAAUCUUCAGAUAGUCUGGCAGCAGAGAUCGUCACACCUGAAAUCAGGGAGAAACUUAUUCGUCUUCAGCAUGAGAAUAAGAUGUUAAAAAUUAACCAAGAGGGUUCAGACAAUGAAAAAAUCGCCUUAUUGCAGAGCCUUCUAGAUGAUGCCAGCCUACGCAAGAAUGAACUGGAGACAGAGAACAGGCUGGUGAAUCAAAGACUUCUAGAAGUACAGUCACAAGUCGAAGAAUUGCAAAAAUCUUUACAGGAUCAAGGCUCAAAGGCAGAAGAUUCAGUUCUUCUAAAAAAGAAGCUUGAAGAACAUCUAGAGAAGCUGCAUGAGGCCAAUAAUGAGCUGCAGAAGAAGAGAGCCAUCAUCGAGGACCUUGAGCCGAGAUUCAACAACAGCUCCCUAAAAAUUGAAGAAUUACAAGAAGCUUUACGGAAGAAAGAAGAGGAAAUGAAGCAAAUGGAAGAAAGAUAUAAAAAAUACUUAGAGAAAGCCAAAAGUGUUAUCCGUACUUUAGAUCCUAAACAAAAUCAAGGAGCAGCACCAGAAAUACAAGCUCUUAAAAAUCAGCUCCACGAACGGGAUCGGCAAUUCUAUUCAUUGGAGAAAGAAUAUGAGAAAACAAAGAGUCAAAGAGAGAUGGAGGAGAAAUAUAUUGUUAGUGCCUGGUACAAUAUGGGAAUGACUCUGCAUAAAAAGGCGGCAGAAGACAGACUUGCUAGUACAGGUUCGGGGCAGUCAUUCCUGGCGAGGCAGAGACAAGCCACCAGCACGAGAAGGUCUUACCCGGGCCACGUCCAGCCAGCCACAGCAAGGUAGACAAGUCCUGCCAUUAGAAUAAAAAACACCCCGCAUUCAAAGCAUACUUCUGUUACAUAUAACAUUUCAGGAAAUUCAGCCAGCUUAUAUUUUGUCUGUAUUUCAUGUAUUUAGUUGUUUUCCAUUUGAGGACUUUCUCUCUUCUGUAUCUAUAAUGUUUUAGUUUCUUGGUCCUUUAUUUUGUAGUCCUUUUGGUUCCUUUUAAUGUGCCAAAAAAUUUUUAAAUGCCCAAUUAAAAGUGUUGUAUAUUAGUGUAGUACUUUUCUUUGUAUGAAAAUGUCCUUUCCCCAAUGGUGUAGGCUUUGUAAUGAAUUAGAUUUUCUGCCAAUAAUUGAUAUACAAUUUAUAUUCUUUAUUGUGUCUCUGUGUUACCAUGCUUUCUAAGAAUGUCUUUGUUUAAAGGGAAUUAAUCUUUUUAUGAUGUAUUAAUCUGUGUUUUCAAUUGUUUUCCAAAUGCACUUCAAAUAACUUGCAUACUUACUAUGUAAAAUGGUUGGCAAGUGCACUUUUUGCAAAGACAUAAAUACAUUGGCAGAGGUGCUAAUCAGAUCUUACCUAAGGCACCUGAUAGAACUAUUUAGAGGGAAAAACUGAGUUUUCACAUUGUUUUAUAGGAAAUUAAAUCUGUCCAAAGAUUUGGAAACUAUUUUUAAAACAUAAAUAGAAUUUCAUUAUUUCCUACUAUCUUAUUUGCUGGCAGAAGUGAAUGCACUGGUUAGGUUAUUUGGGGAGAAGUUACAGAAGAAAAAAAAUCAGGCAGUGUGUUCAUUUUUCUUCUUUUUUUGGAAUAUCACAGUAACUGAGGAUCAGAUUCUAGCAAUGGGCUGACAUUUCGUUGCAACUGCCCUCCACAUAUAAAAGUAUAUAAAAGAUGUAUUUUUUAUAUACUUAUGAGUCAUAGGUGGCCUUACCUUUGGGGUAAUUUCCUUGUUGACUUGCACCUCAUUUGUCUUACUUAUUCCUUAACAUAAAACCUGCUAUUUCUCAAUAAUUCCUAAUACUUAACAUCUUAGUAUCAGUCGUUAGGAUCAAUAAGUGACUUCUUGUGUCUGAUGUUAUGACAGGUGGCUGUCGUAUUUUUUCUUAAUUCUAUGUACUAGUCUAAGAGUUUGCUACUGAGUAGAUUCUCUUGGGUAUUUGGUUGCCCCAAAGUGCUUACAUUUGUUGACAGAUUAUAAACUAUGUUUAUUUACAUUGAUGAAUGGCUGUCAAGUAAUAAUGAUUGUAAAGCACUUUGACUAUAUAAGGUGCUAUAUAAAUGCAAAAUGUCAUUCAUUUAAUCAUGAAAUGUCUCUGCCUAACUUUCCAUAUUGGCCCCAAAUUAUAUUUCAGUUCCCCUCCAGCCUUUUUCUUGCACCAUAGCCCAGAGCCCAGUAAAGCAAAAAUUUACUGCAACUAGGUCGAUUAUUUGUUUUCGGUUUUGGAUAGGUCACCUAUUAAGAAGAUUUUAUUUCAUAUACUUGCUAUUUAGAAGUUCAGGUUUCAUUUAGUUUUGUGUAUUAAAUACAAAUGAGUAACUUUAAAUCAAGCUAAACAUAAUCAAGAAUUUUCAGAAACUAUAUUCCAGUGUUUGAUUUUAAAUCCUUAUUUCCUUUUUUUUAUAAGAAAUUGACCUAAACACUAUUUUAGGUGUUUUCAUUUGUCCUCAGAAACUGUACUUGAAGAAAGGUAUUAGAAUAUACACAGAAAUGACCCCAUGCAUUGUGCUAAUUUUUUACAUUAAGUACAGAAGUCUGAGCUCAGUGUGAGUGCUUCUGCCUGGUCAGAAGAAAAGCAGGAAGACUUAGUAGUAAUGGAGAGAACCAGCGAGUGGAAUGCAUCGUGGGGUUUCAGGAGGGCAAGCAGACCUAAUCAACAUAGAAAGUUUUGACAAUGAAAGAUUAAAAAUGAUUUAAGAUGGGUAACCCUCCCCCACCUCCACCCCUCCCUGUCCCUUUAUUUCACAAAUCAGAGUAAGGAUCCAACAGUUUUAAAACAGGGCAUGAACACUCACCUUGGUAAAAUUAAAAUUAUUGGGAAGUAUAGCUGCAAAAUAAGAUAGAUGAAAAUCAGAGUCCAUGAGCUGUUUGUUAAAUGGAUUAUAUCCCAUGAGAGGAGAGGUUUUAAUUUUAGUUCUCUAUUUACUGUCCCAGUCCUGAUCUCCUACCCACCCCUCUGCUCAGAUAUGUUUCUCUAAAUGGGAGAGGAAAGUGCCAAGCUUUUAGAAGGAAGUUUUCCGUCUUAUUUUUGUUCAGCAUGCCAUUAUUUUGGUGCUUACGUUCGUAAGUUUCACUCACCUUUACAGUAUGUUUAAAUUUUAGUAUAUUGCUUUCAUUCCAUAGCAGAAACUUUAUUUCUAAACAUUCUGUGAUGUUUUCUUAAAAGUCAGGAAUAGAACUUUGCUGUCCCAGUGAGGACCCCGUUUCCUUUGCUCAGCUUUGGACAGGAUUUUUACAUUUCUCUUUCUCUGGCGAUGACGCUGGGCACACUGUGGAGUCAGCACAGAGUUAGUGCGCUAAGCUUGGGGUUGAGCCAUCACCCCCUGUCUGAGUUCUUGUGAACAAAAAGCUUAUUUUCUGUUUUCCCUCUAACCAGGGUGAGAAAAUACAGAGUUAAUAACUAAAGACUACAAAAGCAUGAAAUUUAUAUUCUGCAGUGUGUAUUUAAGAAGUUUGUAAAGGGGAAAAAAAAUCCAGCAAAUAUUAUGCUUACCGCAUCUUAAAAAGAGAGUACAUAAUACAGCUGUACGUAUCUUUAAAAAACUUGCAAAAACCCGAUCAUACCUUUUUUAGUAUUUGUCUGAUUAUUUAAUAAUAACCAAGAAAAAGAAGUACCAAAACAAAGGCUCCAUUUUCUAAAAUUGAUCAGCAUUGAAUUAUUUCUGUUUGAUGGCCCAGCCUGGUAAAAUUGGCUAAUGAGAUGAUUCAUUAUAAUAAGGAUAAUACUGUCUGCUGUUAUUUUGCUACGGUCUUACUGCUUUGUCUGUAUGAUAAAAGCUCAGUUGUACAAACUUGAGCUAAAUGUUUCCAGUCAGAAACAUCAGCCCAUAUAUAUCAGCAGUCUUCAGCAAGGCAUGAAAACCGGUGCUGUGCAAACAAACCAACAGUAAGUGAUUGUGAGGGGAAGGGGGAUUUAGGUUGAAGAAAAGGUACAUUUUAUUUUUGAGCUAUUUUACUCACACUUCCUUUUCAACUGCAGUUUUAUUUAUUCAUAUCUAAUGAUAUGAAAUAUUUUGUAGUGUCUCUUGCGCUCCGACAAGCAUUCAUCUUUUAAAGAUAACACUGUGUUGAAAACUUGAAAAUCUUUAUUCUGAUAUAAGAAUUUACUUGAAAUAAAAUUCUAAAUUUUUGAAUUUAUCCCAGCUCCCUGCAUUUAAUCUCCAGUGAUCCAGAUCUCAGACUCCAGGAGUGUUACACUUUUCCCCAGUUGGAACACAUGAGGUUUAUCUGAAAAAGCAUCCACAACCCACAGAUAGUGUAAACCUAGUUAGUUUACAGCUACUGGGAUAAGAACCUGUGAUCCUAAAGGGAGAGGAAGGUGCUUGGCAUCUUGCUUUUUGCUAGGGGCAGAAUAACAACAUGCUUCUUGUUGUCUGUUCAUUCAACUAUGGGAGCAUGUUUUGACUUUUUAUCCUUAUAUUACAAAGUGACUCUUUGCCUAGAAAUGGCUGUUGAACUGAUGCAGGAUUGUACUCCUUAACAGUGAGCAGGAGUCCUACCCUUACAGGGUAGGAAGGACUGAACAGAACAAAAUAAGAUGGGAUCUCAGAAUCUUUGAAAAUUACUUUAGCAUGUUUUAAAAUUUUUCCCUUUUUAUAUGUUAAAAGGGCUUUUCCGUUCAAUAAUGAUAAUCUCUUUUCCUAUAGUCCCAACUGUCAAAAUGGCAGCUUAUUUUAGUAGAUGUGCAACCCAGUUUCACUACAUUUAGAAAGCAAUUUCAGAGUUAAUUCUUUGUAACUAUAAUGAUUCGAAUAUUUUGUAUCAUGAAGUUUUUAUAUGAGGGAGGCCAUUCUCAAUGUAUCUGUCAUCCAGUUUUUUACUUUGUAUAAAGCAUAUUUAAAUAAUAA